AUGACCGAAAAGACCACUCCGCUUAAUCUUCCAUUUGAGUUGAGGCAACAGAUAUGGAGAGAAGUAAUUGGACACCACAAAUACCUCCAUAUUCGAAUACUCCAUUCCCUAGAUGACCGCUCCUCACAGCGGUUGAAACAUUCUGUAUGUGCUAGGGAUUCUCCUGAGAUAUAUGGACAUAAGGCCCUUCCCAAUACCAGCUCCUCCAUACCUAUUCACGUCGGCGACCUCAAGCAAUCAAUCCCUAUGUGUCUUAAUCGCCAAAAAAGAUUACGCAACGACGUCCCUCAAGUGUCACUCAGGUUUCUCCAAACAUGCCGUCAGGUACAUGGCGAAGUGGAGCGGCUAGUAUACACGACGAGCACGUUCUCCUUCGGUCGUCCGGUGCUACUUUGGGAUUUUGGAUCAGCCCUCACAACAACUCAGAAGUGGUCUCUUCACAAGGUCCAUCUUAUUAUCAAAAACCGCCUCUUCACAGCCGAGGAUUUCCAUGAUUACAGUACUAUGGUUUCUGCAAUUGCAAUACUGUAUGGGCUCAAAAGCUUGCAUGUCUGCGUCGAUAUGUUAGACCAGGUGGACAAGUAUUUGGCGACAGGUAUACGUCAAUCGCUCAAGAUGACGAAAGUGUCGGUGACUAUUGUGUUGUCGGAUGGAGAAAGUUUAUGA